AUGUCCAGCGCGGGCCGGUAUCCGAAUAUAGCCACGCGCCUUGAGGUGACUUCUCCACGAAACGCGAGCUUGUUCUGUGGCAAAAAGGGCGACAAAUACAAGUCUGGGCUGUUCGAGGCGCACCAUGAUCCCGCAAACGCGCCCGUAGUUCUAGUCUUUGGAGGAGGUCCGGGAACAACCGGUAUGAUCAGUCCGUUCCUGGGCCAAGGUCCCUGUCUGAUUGAAGGUGCAAAUGGCAACAAUCCGAAGCCGAACCUUGUGCCGGCUCCCUACUCGUGGACGGAGUACGUGAACCUGAUUGCAAACGAUCACCCCGUUGGCGUCAGAUUCAGCUAUGGCCCUCUGGGCGUAGGCGUUCCGGUUUCCCUUCGUGGCCUCACAUUGAUGCUUGUGCAGAGAGUAUCCGUCGCUUGCAAAGAAGCAAUUCAUGGUGCACUCGGGAUCGUAUGGCGGCACCUAUAUCCCCAUCUCGUUAACGUGAUCUACGAGCGUAAUCUCGCUGCGAUAUCCGAGGAGAGCAGCCCGCGACUGGUAAAGAUGCCAGAGCAGUUCAUGAUGAGCAAUGUCAUGUCCGAUUCUGCAACAUUCUUUCGCCAUUACGUUCGAUCUAUGUGCGAUGACCUUGGUUAUUACAUCCGCACCGGCUGUGAAGCCGUUGCGCGUGACGUUCCCGCUUGCCUGGACUCCAUACAGUUGGCAUAUGAACAGCCGACCAUAGAGAACAAUCUUUUGUCUGGUCGGGACCUGUUUGACAAUCGAUGCCUACGCGAGAACUGCCUCCAUGAAACGAUGUUACGGCUCAGCGAAAUUCUGAACGCCACGGACCUCGGCGUGAAGCCAGGCUACGACUAUAGCAUUGACGGUGGUUACCAACGAGUAGGAAUACCUUUCUUUACGGGGGGUGACCUUGUCCAAGCAGCCUACAAACUUUUGGGGCCGGCAAUUGAGGUCGGACUUCGCGUUCUAGUCUACAAUGGCGAUAAUGAUGGCACAUGCCCUCGCAGGUCGACUCUCGCCUGGAUGAACCUUCUAGAGACAAGAUACCAGGCCGAAUUCCGUGAAGCUCCAGGCAUAGAAUUGCCUGGGAUCGGUUGGUACAAAACGGCAGGCGCCUCCAACGGAACCUCUGCCGGCAACUACACAUUCAUCUCAGUAUACGAUUCUGGUCAUGCGCCGUUUUUGAGCCAGCCGAAGGUGACACAGGAGCUCUUGAUCAAGUGGUUGAAAAAUCUGCCUCUUGUUUGA